ACUGCCCUCUCCCCCUUCUAUCUACUCUAGAGCUUUUGCCGGAGGACUUUGGAUGGGUGAAGAUCUUGAAAGAGAAAUAGAAGAAUUCUGCUGAAGUUGCAAAGAACGAAGUGCUGCAGGGUGAGAGCGCACCCAGUCCCCAUCACGGAUGUCCAAUAAUUAACUGGGGAGCAAUCCACAGGAACCCUUACCCCCUGCCCUCCAUCCAAAACCAGCUGCCCAGAUCAGGUCUGCGCUCUAUGCAGAGACAUGCUGUGUAAAGUGUUGCUGGUGUUGCUGCUGUGUGCUGCAGUUGAGUGCCAACUCAGAGGUUUGUUUCCUGCUAUACUAAAUCUUGCAAGCAAUGCAAAUAUCACCACCAAUGCCACUUGCGGUGAAAUGGGACCAGAGAUGUUUUGUAAACUUGUAGAACAUGUCCCAGGAAGACCAGUGCGCAAUGCACAAUGCAGAGUGUGUGACCAAAAAAGUGAGAACCCAAAAGAACGUCACCCCAUAACAAAUGCUAUCGACGGCACAAAUGAUUGGUGGCAAAGUCCCAGUAUACAGAAUGGACGCGCGUACCAUUGGGUCACUAUAACGUUGGAUCUAAGACAAGUCUUCCAAGUUGCAUACAUAAUCAUUAAAGCAGCAAAUUCACCGCGACCAGGCAACUGGAUUUUAGAACGUUCUCUAGAUGGAAUUGAGUUUACACCUUGGCAGUAUUACGCAAUCAGUGACUCAGAAUGCCUUAGUCGAUACAAUGUAACACCAAGACUUGGAACGCCAACAUAUAAGAGGGACAACGAAGUUAUCUGCACAUCAUUUUAUUCUAAGCUAGUACCACUGGAACAUGGAGAGAUUCACGCUUCAUUGAUUAAUGGAAGACCAAGUGCCGAUGAUCCUUCACCAACAUUGCUGGAAUUCACCUCUGCAAGAUUCAUCCGUCUUCGUUUGCAACGUAUUAGAACUCUCAAUGCUGAUCUCAUGACCCUCAACCAUCAUGAUCUAAAGGAUGUCGAUCCAAUAGUAACAAGAAGGUACUACUACUCUAUAAAAGAUGUAUCAGUUGGAGGGAUGUGCAUCUGUUAUGGUCAUGCUCGCAGCUGUCCUUUUGAUGAAGUAACAAAGAAACUUCAGUGUCAGUGUGAGCGUAAUACUUGUGGCGAAAGCUGCAAUGAGUGUUGCCCGGGUUACCACCAGAAUCCAUGGCGACCUGGCACUAUUUCAGUUGGCAGCCAAUGCGAGAAAUGUAACUGCCAUAAUAAAGCUGAAGAUUGUUACUAUGACCAAAAUGUAGCAGACCGCAAAAUUAGCUUGAAUAUCCAUGAUCAAUAUAUCGGAGGGGGAGUGUGUAUUGAAUGCACUCAGUUUACAGCAGGAAUUAAUUGUGAGACAUGCAUUGAAGGCUACUACCGAUCUCAUCAGGUUUCUCCCUACUCAGAUGGCCCUUGUCAUCCAUGUGAAUGUGACCCCUUUGGAUCUAUCAGUUCCGUCUGUGUUGUAGAUGAUAAUCGAGCCAACAUUAUCCAAGGUGUAUUCCCAGGUCAGUGUCAUUGCAAAGAAGGCUACACAGGCACAAAGUGUGACCAGUGUGAGUUUGGCUAUAAAGGAUAUCCAAACUGUGUGCGAUGCAAUUGCAGUUUAGUGGGCAGCAUUAAUGACGAUCCAUGCGCAGAUCAGUGUAUAUGUAAGGAACAUGUGGAAGGGGAGAACUGUGACCAAUGCAAGCCUGGGUUCUACAACCUGCAGGCACGGAAUCCAGAAGGAUGCACAGAAUGCUUUUGCUUUGGUGUUUCUGGUGUGUGUGAUGGACUGUUUUGGCACACUACACAGGUUUCUGAUAUUAAUGGCUGGUACCUAACUGACUUGCAAGGAAAUCAUAUUCAACCACAGCAAGACCAGUUUGAUGGCCCUCAUCAGAUAAGCAUUAACAACACCAUGGCCAGAAAUUCAUUGAUGUCUGCAUUGUACUGGGAGGCUCCUUCUUCAUAUCUUGGAAAUAAACUGACAUCCUAUGGUGGAGUUUUAAGGUAUACAGUAUCUUAUGAUGUUCCCAUGGACAGCACAGAUACAGAAGUGUUCUCUGGUGUGGAUUUUAUUUUACAGGGCAGUGGAGAUACCUUAGGACUGAAGGCUGAUGGUGUCCUUUUGCAGCCAUAUGAGGAACAUACAACAGAGAUAAAACUUCUUCCUGAGUAUUUCAUAGAGUUCUAUACACGGAGACCUGUGGACAGAGACAGACUUAUGGCUGUCCUUGCAAAUAUAAACCACCUACGAAUUAGAGCUAGCUACAACCUUGCCAAAAAUACAGUCACAAGAUUAAGCUCUGUUACACUGGAUAUAGCGAAACCAAAUGUUAUAGCUCUCUUGCCAGCUGUUCAAGUUGAAAAUUGUGAAUGCCCUCCUGGUUAUGCUGGUACAUCUUGUGAGUCUUGUAUCUCAGGUCAUUACCGUGUUGGUGGAACCCUUUUUGGUGGUAUUUGCCAGCCCUGUGAAUGUAAUGGACAUGCGACAGAGUGUGACAUCCAUGGUGCAUGUUAUGACUGUCAGCACAAUACAAUGGGCCACCACUGUGACCAGUGCCUGCCAGGUUUUUAUGGAAACCCCUUGCAAGGAAAGCCCGAUGAUUGCCAGUCUUGUGCUUGUCCGCUAUCGAUCCCAUCUAACAAUUUUAGUCCAACAUGUCACUUGUCCAUUGAAGGUGAACCAAUCUGUGAUCAGUGUGCCCCUGGAUAUGUGGGUGCGCGAUGUGAAAAAUGUGCAAACGGUUACUACGGUAAUCCCUCUGUCCCUGGAGGAUCAUGUGUACCUUGUGAUUGCAAUGGCAAUAUAGACCCAUUUGAAAAUGGCCAUUGUGAUACAGUCACAGGAGAAUGCCUUAAAUGCACUGAUAACACAUCUGGAUGGAACUGUGAGAGAUGUGCAGAUGGCCACUAUGGUGAUGCUAUCUUGGCUAAAAACUGUACUGCUUGCCAAUGCCACCCAGAUAGCUCCAUAUCAGAAAUCUGUCACCAUGAGACCGGCCUGUGUGAUUGUAAACCAAACGUGUUUGGAACAAGAUGUGAUCAGUGCUCGUAUGGAUUUUAUGGCUUGACAUCCGGUGUUGGUUGCCUCCUGUGUAACUGUAGCCAGUCAGGUUCGGUCUCUCAGGCUUGCAGUGAUGCUGGUCAAUGUCACUGCGUUCCUGGAGUAGCUGGAUUGAAGUGCGACAUUUGUGCUCAAGGAUUUUAUGCAUUCCAGGAUGGAGGCUGUACCCCUUGUGAUUGUGCCCACACCCACAAUAACUGCGAUCCUUUAUCUGGACAGUGUAUCUGCCCCCCUCAUACACAUGGAGCCAAAUGUGAAUUCUGUGACAGCAACUACUGGGGUCAUGAUCCUGAAUUAGGAUGUCUGGAGUGUAACUGCAGCACAGCUGGCUCAAAAAGUCUCCAGUGUGACAUUACAACGGGUCUUUGCCAAUGUAAAGAGGAGUUUGGGGGACAAAAUUGCCAUGCUUGUUUAUUUGGGCACAGGAAUUACCCAGAGUGCAUUGCUUGCGAUUGUGAUUCCGCAGGCACCCAAUCUGCAUGGUGUGAUGAUGAACAAAAGAUGUGUAGCUGUGUGGAGGAUACUGGUGUAUGCGCUUGUAAGGACAAUGUGGUUGGAAGUUACUGCAAUGAAUGCAAGGCUGGAUCCUAUGCUCUAGAUGCCAAAAACCCUCUUGGCUGUUCCCCGUGUUUCUGUUCUGGAGUAUCCUCGCUAUGCGCAGAGCUGGAAGGCUAUGUGCACAUACCAAUCUCCUUGGUCCCAGAUCGAUCAUUGCUUCGUGUGGUUACAGUGAACAAUUUGGAAGGAACUACAGAAGGUGUGUUCUCUGAGUCUGUCGACAUGUUAUUAGAUGCAGGAGAGGUACGGCGACAUCUGAAAUCAGAGACCUUUUAUUGGCAAUUAGCAACACAGUUUCUAGGUGACAAGAUAUUGGCAUAUGGUGGAAAGCUGAAGUACGUUGUUACAUAUUAUGCUUUGGAUGAUUCUUCUGACUUUGAGCCUCAGCUUAUAAUGAAAGGUGGACGUGCCAGCAAGCUAGUGAUCACUAUGAACAUUCCCACCCCUGCAAACGCUGUGAGAAGUGAGAUUGAAGCCAGCAUGACCGAGACUAACUGGAAGUACUUUAAUUCUGUGUCUGAGCAGUCAGUAACGCGGUCAGAUUUCAUGUCGGUUCUAAGCAACAUUGAUUACAUUCUCAUAAAAGCAUCAUACGGUUAUGGCUUACAGCAGAGCAGGAUCUCUAACAUAUCGUUGGACAUAGCAGUGGAGUCAUCAGACAUGCAUUCAGGCCGAGAAGUUGCCCGUUAUGUUGAGAUAUGUGUGUGCCCAGUGGGUUACAGAGGACUUUCUUGCCAGGAGUGUGCGCCUGGCUACUACAGAGAGAAUCUACUAGAAACCAACAUACUAGGAUCACAGCCACUAAACACUCCAUGUAUCCCUUGCAAGUGUAGCAAUCACAGUGAAACGUGUGAUCCAGAUACAGGAGAAUGCAUGGACUGCAAACAUAAUACAGCAGGACAUCACUGCCAUGUAUGUGCUCCUGGCUACUAUGGCAAAGUGACAGGAUCGAUUGCAGAUUGUUCAUUGUGUGCUUGUCCCAAGGGCAACACCCAAAGUUUCAGCCCAACAUGUGUUCUGGAUGGUAUCAAUGAUUUUCGGUGUGAUGCUUGUCUACCUGGAUACGAAGGAAAGCACUGUGAAAGAUGCUCUCUUGGUUAUCAUGGGAAUCCUAAUGAACCUGGUGGUUCUUGCCAUAAAUGUGAUUGUAACCCAAGUGGGUCUAUGAACAACGAGUGUGAUCGGGUAACUGGUCAAUGCCUUUGCAAAAAGGGAGUGACAGGUCGUCUUUGUGAUACAUGUGAAUUGAGACACAUACUUUUGGAAGAAGAGUGCAUAUCUUGUGAUGAUGAUUGCACCGGAACCUUACUAGAUGAUUUGGAUAGACUACAACUGGCCUUUAGCUCUUUUAAUAUCUCCAGCAUUGGCAGUGCUCCUUACAGUGUGAUUUCCCGACUGGAAAAUGUGACACAGUUUAUGAAGGAAUCAGUACCAGAAAGAGCUAGCCCUUUAAUAUCACUAGACGAAACAAUGGAGCAACUGACAUCAGUCUCAAAAGACACUAAUCGACUCGAACAGCAGAUGGAACAAAUUAUAUACAAUGGACACACUCUGAACAAUGCUACCAUCACAACCCUGAAUAAGAGUCAAGAAUUAUUGGGCUUUAUUGACAAAAUGCAAUCAACCAUCAAAUUUCUUGUGGAAGUGGCAGAAACUUUUAACGAGACAAUGAGCACAGACACCCAGCUGUCCGAAAACACAAUAUUAAAUUAUCAAGAUGACGUUUCAUUUAUGCUUAGUUCUAUGAGAUCAAAAGAUUUUGGUGAUCAAAACCAAAAUGCUACUAAAAACCUAAAAGCUUCACAAGGCCUACUGUCAAGAGUUCAGAAAGAAUAUGAGAAGCCCCACAUUGAUUUAACAAAGUUGAAAAAUGGUCUUCAGGAUACUUUCAUCCUAGAGAACGGCAAACUGCUUGCGGCUAAAGACUUGUUACAUAAGGCAUUGACGAACACCAAUCACACAAACCAUUUGCUGCUUCUCAUGCAAAAGUAUCUGGCUGAUUUAAAUAUGAAAAAGCAGAACCUCCAAGAAAACAAAAAUCGGUCGGUGAUGUUGAUUGAAGAAGGCAUUGGGCUGGUGGAUGAUGCAGUUUUGCUGGCAGAAGACACCGUUAACACAACAUCAGCUUUAGAGACCCACGUAGAAGAGCUCAUUCUCUGGAAUGCUAAACUGAGACACCAUGUAGAUGAUCUGGUUAUGCAGAUGUCCAAAAGAAAUGCACUUGACUUGGUUUAUAAGGCAGAAGAUUAUGCAGCUGAGUUUCAAAAACUUUCUGCAUCACUUAACAGUUCUCUGUUAGAUGUAAGAGAUGUGUCUUUAAAUGCCACCAGUGCCAUUCAUGUUCACACGGAUAUCAAAACUAUGAUUGAGCAAUCUCAAAUCCUGGCUGAGGAAUCUAACCACACUGCUGCUGAAGUGUUGGCUUUGCUUUCCAGUUCAAAGAAAAAUUCACAGUUCUCAUCAAAGAAUUCUAUGAAGUUGAGCACACAGUUUUUAAAAGAGGUCAAAAAUUUAAGUCGAAAUACUGAAGGUCUUGUGUCUGAUCUGAAUGGACUGAAAACAAAAGUAGAGAAGAUACAAAAACGCACUCAUGCAUUUACACAUCGAAUAAAUGAACAGCUUCUUGCUCUGAGAAGUCUACCGAAUGACACCAGUGAAAAACUACAUGAUGCCAAAGAGCUUGCGGUGUCUGCUAAUUCUAGUGCAGCCGACACAUUAAACCAUAUAAUGACUUUCCAUCACAAAGUACAGAAUGCUACCUCUACAUUAUCUAAAAUUAAUGACACCUUACAAAAAACCAAUGAACUUCUGGUUGACUCGUCCAAAACAGUGGGAUCAGCUAAAAACAGAAUAAAGGAGGUGGAAAACCAAGCCAAUAUUUUACUGGACAGAUUGAAACCUUUGAAAUUACUCGAGGAAAACCUGAGCAGAAAUCUAUCAGAAAUAAAAGAACUGAUUAGUCAGGCGCGUAAACAGGCUGCUUCGAUUAAAGUUGCUGUUUCUGCUGACAGAGAUUGUGUCCGUUCCUACCAGCCCGACCUGUACUCUACAAACUAUAACACUUUAACAUUAAAUGUUAAGACUGCUGAACCAGACAACCUGCUUUUUUACCUAGGUAGCAACAACAAAGCUGACUUCAUGGCCAUAGAAAUGCGUCAAGGAAGGGUUUCCUUCCUUUGGGACUUGGGUUCCGGAUCUGUAAACCUCGAAGAGCCUGAUAUUGAAAUAAACAAUAACAAGUGGCAUAAAAUACACGUUUCAAGGUUUGGUAAAUCUGGCUCACUGAGUGUAGAAGAAGUGGCAUCUUCCCAGAAGUCCGUACCAAAAAAUGCAACUUCUCCAGGAACAUCAUCCAUUCUUCAUGUGGAUAACUCAACACUAAUGUUUGUUGGGGGUAUAGGAGCUAAGUUAAAGAAGUCUCAAGCUGUGAAGAUCACACAUUUUAAAGGUUGCAUGGGUGAGGCAUUCCUUAAUGGUCGGUCUGUCGGAUUGUGGAACUACAUUAAGAGAGAGGGCAAAUGUGGUGGUUGUUUUGGAAGUCCACAAGAUGAGGACACAGCUUUCAAUUUUGAUGGCAGCGGAUAUUCUGUUGUGGAAAAGACCCUCCGCUCAACAACAACUCAGAUAGUAAUCCACUUCCGAACAUUUGCUCCAAAUGGACUCUUGCUUUAUCUGGCUUCUAAUGGAACACGAGAUUACUUAUCUCUGGAAAUAGUAGAUGGGAAGAUAAGACUCUCCGUGGAGCUUGGAUCCGGGCCUUUUACACUGAUGACAGAUGGACGUUAUAACGAUGGUUUAUGGUACAAGGUGGCCUUCCAGCGUAAUAAGAAGCAAGGCAUUCUGGCUGUUAUGGAUUCCUACAACUCCAGCCAGAGAGAGACCAAGCAAGGAGAAGCUCCAGGUUCUGCCUCAGACCUCAAUCGCUCAGAUAAGGAUCCUAUUUAUAUUGGUGGACUUCCAAGGUCCAGGACCAUCAGGAAACAGCUUAGCAGCAGGACCUACGUGGGCUGCAUAAAGAACUUGGAGAUUUCACGCUCAAAUUUUGACUUGCUCAGGAAUGCCUAUGGUGUAAGGAAAGGUUGCAAGCUGGAGCCAACACGUAGUAUCACUGUUUUAAAUGAUGGCUAUGUGGAAAUGCUCCCAGUAUCAUUGUCUCCAGAAUCAGAGUUAAUGGUGUCAUUUUCAACAUUAAAUGACACUGGAAUCAUCUUGGCUGGGUUUGGCAAAGGUACUGAAAAACGCAGUCGUAGACAAGCCAUCAUGCCAUUCUUUGCUUUAAUGCUGGUGAACGGACACAUUGAAUUACAUAUCAAUCCUGUGGAUGGAGCAAGCACAAGAAGAGUAACCUUGAAAUCACCCAGUGGGACAUAUAGUGAUGGACAAGAACAUUCUGUUAUUAUAAUCCGGAACAAGAGACUUGUGAGUGUUCAAGUGGAUGAAGGAAAGCCAGCAGAGAUCAAGAUGAAUGGUCCAUCUGUCGAUUCGGUUACUAUAAAUACCUCCACUUUUUAUGUUGGCGGUAUCCCUGGUAAAAUUGGUACAACAACGCUGAAAACAAGCCAGUCUUUCUAUGGAUGUAUUCGCAAUCUCAUUUUAAAUAUGGAGCAAAUGGAUUUCACCACCGUGUUGAAAUAUGAACAUGUUCAAAUGGAUAGCUGCAUGCUGUCAGAGAAACCCAAGUCGUUUGCAUUGCUGGAACAGGAGCUGCCCCCAACAGCAACGCCUGGCCGACUCUUCACAGAAAGGAAAAUGACUACCCCAAUGCAGAAAUCAUCUGUUACCAAACCACCACAGUGCGCAAUAGAGGUAGUGCCUGAUCAUGUUCCCAACGCGCACCAGUUUGGGCUCACUCAAAGAAGUCAUAUUGUGCUGCCAUUUGACCAGUCUUCAGUGAGAAGAAAACUCUCUGUACAAGUGACUAUGAGAACGUUUGCCACCAGUGGCCUUGUUUACUACAUGGCUCACCAAAACCAGAUGGAUUACGCUGCAUUACAGAUCCAUAGUGGAAAACUCUAUUUCCUAUUCGACAUGGGAAAAGGCCGAACAGAGACCAUCCACCCAGCUUUUAUCAGUGAUGGAAAGUGGCACACGGUAACAACAGAAUAUGUUAAAAGGAAAAUUACUAUCACCGUUGAUGGUCAAGAGUCCUCAUCAUUCAGUUCCGCAGCUGAUAGCAACACUCUGGAUGUGGAAGGAAAGCUUUAUCUUGGUGGGCUACCACUAGAUUACACAGCAAAGAGUAUUGGGAAUAUCACACACAGUGUCCCGGCAUGCAUCGGCAAUGUUGUUAUUAAUAACAAACAGCUGGAUAAGGAGAAUGCUAUAUCCAUACAUGCUGUAAAUAAAUGCUAUGCAUCUGCCCAAAAGGGUACUUACUUUGAUGGAAGUGGAUUUGCAGCGCUUGUUAAAGAUGGAUACAAAGUCAGAUCAGAUUUAAAUAUAACUUUAGAGUUCCGUACUACAAACAUGAAUGGAGUCCUUAUUGGAAUCAGCAGUGCCAAGGUUGAUGCAAUUGGCCUGGAAAUUGUAAAUGGCAAGGUUUUGUUCCAUGUAAACAAUGGAGCAGGUAGAAUAUCAGCAGUUUAUAAGCCGCAGUACCCCAGUUCCCUGUGCGAUGGGAAAUGGCACAAACUUCAAGCCAAUAAAAUUAAGCAUCGAAUAGUUCUGACUGUUGAUGGAAAUGCAGUGAAUGCAGAAAGCCCUCAUGUCCAAUCAACCUCAGCAGACACCAAUAAUCCAGUUUAUGUUGGAGGAUAUCCAGCUGAUGUGAAGCAAAACUGUCUGACUAGCCAGACUUCAUUCCACGGAUGUAUACGCGACCUGAAAUUAGUCAAGGGCACACAGACUGAAGCUGAUGACUUCAGCAAAGCUUUUGAACUGCGUGGAGUCUUCCCUCAUUCUUGUCCUGGAACCGAAUUAUAAACAGGAGACUUAUUGUCUGCAUUUAGUCCGAUCAUACAUACAAAAUGAUUAUCUCACAUAAGAUAAUAUGCUUCCAUACUCUGUUGUUCACAAGGCAGUGAAUGUUCGGAACGAGCCCCUAGAAUGAAGUAGUAUGAAGUGUUUGUGGGAGUGAGAAUUUGACUAGUGUCAUUCUAGUACUGUGAUUUAAUCGCUAAAUGGUGAAAAACACAUUGCACCCCAAAAUAUCCACUUCGGAAGACAACUUCAACAUCACAUUUCCUUAUUAUUAUUUUACAGCUUGUUAAUGGGCUAGGCCUAGAUUUUGCAACCUUUUUAUCAAUUCACAACUAUGCACUCUUUGGCGACUAAACAUUUCUCAUGACUGCCUUCACUUUCUAAGUCCCAGAUAGAUAGCGCUAAUCUUAUGUGAGAUGACAUAACCGAAGGUAGGCUAAUCUUGGCACCCAAGAUGAUCGGGAACAAAUCUUUCAUGAUGUUGUUUAACCAGCCUCCACAUUAACUAUGCAUUAUGGGUAAUUUAUUUACAAACCUACAGGAUGCCAAGCUUAGCCAUCACCAAUUGUUUAACAAAUGUAAACCCCAUAUUUUUGAAUACUUUUCCAAGAGCCUCUCCUAUGGUCACAUUCCAGCUCAGGAAAUUUGUACAAUCAAACUCUAACUAACAUAAGUGUAUGCAACAAAUACCUCCAGUAGAAAAAUAUUUUAAAGAAAUGUUUUAUUUCUGUGUUUCCAAUGUUUGUUUACUGCUGGAUAUUGCUGAAUACUUGACAGUAUUUGAAUACUUUUUCUCAGUUUACAAACUGUAAAAUCGCAAUAAUUUUUGAAUACAAUUACAAUAAAAGGUGCAUGUAUUCUUGAA